AUGAGAGUCACCCGCGCUUGCUACUCGGCAUCGCUGAGCGGCGCGAUCCCUCACGCCAAGCUCAAGUAUGUUCCCAAUGCGGGCGUCUACCCCCAAGGCUUCUCAGCCUCAGGCGUGUUUGUUGGGGUGAAGCCUGGCAACACGAGCAAACCCGACCUCGCCAUUGUGACCUCAGAUCGCCCAUGCGCUGCAGCGGCGGUAUUCACAAAGAACAAGUUUCAGGCUGCGCCUGUGACUUUCAGUCGGAAGGUUCUUCAAACCAAGAAAAACGAGGGACUGCGAAGUGUGGUGAUCAACUCGGGAAAUGCCAACGCUGUGACAGGCCUGGGCGGUCUGGAGGACGCGGCGAACAUGGCCAGGACCACCGACCAGAGAGUUGGCGCCGAGGACUCGACACUUGUGAUGAGCACAGGCGUCAUUGGGCAGAGACUACCUAUCCAGAAGAUUAUUGACCACAUUCCCGUGGCGUAUCAUCAGGCUGGAGACUCGCACAAGCACUGGAUGACCUGCGCAAAGGCAAUCUGCACGACGGAUACAUUCCCCAAGCUUAUGAGCCGGUCAUUCUCCCUGCCCUCGUCGCCCAGCGUCGAGUAUAGAAUUGCUGGGUUGACCAAGGGUGCUGGUAUGAUCGCGCCCAACAUGGCCACCCUGCUCACGAUCAUCGCUACAGAUGCACCCAUCUCGCCGGCUAUUAUGCCCCAGGUGGUGAAGCAUGCUGCGGACAGGUCAUUCAACGCCAUUACUAUUGAUGGCGAUGCCUCAACGAACGAUACCAUGGCUUUGUUGGCGAACGGCGCGGCAGGCGGCGCAGAGGUUUCUUCUACAAGCUCAGAGGACUACGCUGCCUUUAGAGAGCUGCUGACUGACUUCUCAGCCGACCUGGCCAAGCUCAUUGUCCGCGAUGGUGAGGGCGCGACCAAGUUUGUGACCAUCCGUGUUGUCGAUAGCGCCACUGAGGAAGCUGCACGCGAGGUUGCCCGAUCCAUUGCCCGCUCGCCGCUCGUCAAGACCGCGCUCUACGGCAAGGACGCCAACUGGGGUCGCAUCCUGUGCGCUGCUGGGUACGCCCUGGUCUCACCUCCUGGUCAACCCAUCAACGAUAUCCCUGAGAUUGUGCCUGAGAAAACCAAUGUCUCGUUUGUGCCUAGUGACGGCUCGCCUGAGCUGAGGCUCCUGGUGAAUGGCGAGCCGGAGCAGGUCGACGAGGUGCGCGCCGCCGAAAUUCUGGAGAUGGAGGACCUGGAAAUUGUCGUCAGGUUGGGGACGGGUACGGAGAGGACGGUUCACUGGACCUGUGAUUUUAGCCACGACUAUGUGACCAUCAACGGCGAUUACCGGACUUGA